UAUGUGUGUGAGUGUGCAUGUACUUCAGAGCAUCCCUGCACCCCAGCAGACAGCAGCAGCAGCGGGUCAUCAAUGGAACUGUCAGAUGAUCCAAGGUCAAGGGAGCAGGACGAGGCUCCCCCAGUACUACUGCCCUGUGUGCCCCAACUGAAAAGCAGCAGCUACAGCGCUGUCCAGCAGCAGGGCUACUCUGCAUCCAUCUUCCUGCGACGCAAAGAAAAGCUGGAACAGACGCAGCAGAAGUGCAUUGCCAUCGUUGCCCUUGUUUGCUGCCUUGCUGUGCUGGCAGCGCUGAUCUUCUCAUCAGUGGACAUUUGGGGUGACGAUGAAGAUGGAAUUACAGAGGAAAACUGCAGCAAAAACUGCCGCAUCAUACUUGUGGAGAACAUUCCAGACGACCUGUCCUUCCCCAUGGAUGGCAGACCCCACCUACCUCUCUCUGCUGGUUUUCACACACUGUUGGACCAGGCAAAGCACUCAGUUGAGGUGGUGUCAUCUGUCUGGGACUUAAACUCCUGGGACCUAGAGACAAUCCCAAACAGUACCAAACAGGGUCAGCUUUUGUUCCAGAGACUGCUCAGGCUAAAAUCUCGUGGGGUUAAGCUGAAGAUUGCCAACAGUCUGACAAACUCAGCUGAACUGAAGACCUUGGCAGCACACAAUGCAGAGGUUCGUUUUGUUAACAUGACAGCUUUUACCAGAGGAGGACUGCAUUCCUCAUUCUGGAUAGUAGAUCGGAAGCACAUUUACAUCGGGAGCGCUGAUAUGGACUGGAGGUCACUCUCCAAGAGGAAAGAACUGGGGGUGGUGAUGUAUAACUGCAGCUGUCUGGCUCUGGACCUCCACCGAGUCUUUUCAUUUUACUGGCAGCUCUACAAAAGGGACUACAUCCCCUCCAUCUGGUCAAAGAGAGUAAAUGCUCUGUACGGGAUGAACGAUGCCCUGGAGCUACAACUUAACUCUGCGCCUGCCACUGCUUACGUGUCUACCUCUCCCGAACUCUUCUGCGCCAAAGAUCGCACCAGAGAUGUAGAUGCCAUCUACGAAGUCAUACAGAGUGCAAAGACGUUUAUCUUCAUAUCAGUGACAGACUACCUCCCUCUGGUGAAAAGGACUUUCAGAGGAACCUCAGUCACAAGGUAUUGGUCAUCUAUUGAUGAGGUGAUCAGAGAAGCUGUGGUAGUAAGAGGAGUCAAAGUUCGUCUGCUCAUUAGCUUCUGGAAGAGAACUCAUCCCCUCACCUUUAAUUUUGUGACCUCGCUCAAGUCACUCUGCAUUCAGCUUUACAAUUGUUCCCUGGAAGUGAGGUUUUUUAUUCACAAGGAGCAAAAGGAUGACAUUCAGCUUGGACUCAACCACAACAAGUACAUGGUGACUGACAAUGCUGUCUACAUUGGGAACCAUGACUGGGUUGGCAGUGAUUUUGUCUUUAAUGCAGGAGUUGGAUUAGUGGUCAAAAUGACAGAUAGCACUGAAGACAGAGAAAUGACAAUCCUGGAGCAAGUCAAAGCUGUUUUUGAAAGGGACUGGAGGUCAAGCUACGCCAAGAGCCUGCAUGGAAGCAAAGAUCAACAGGGAAAAUAUGGAAACCUGCAAGAGGGAAGCAAAUAUAUGGAAGCUGAGGAUAAACAUGAAUGGAACGACACUGUAUAUUUAUAAGAAUAAAAUGUCUUUCCCCAGUAUGUCUUAAAGCCUUAUAAGCCUGAAUAUGCUAGAAUUUACAAAUAUGUACACAAAUAAGAAUGUAGACCUACUCUAUAUGACUUGCCAAAGUAUUGCUUUGACUCGGUUGCAAUGUACCAUAAUAAUGUCUGUUUAACUGCUGACUGUUAUAUAAGCAUGUAGUACUGCAUGCAUACCAAAAGCAAUAUUCCAGUACAAACUAUAUACUAUGACAAGCAAUAUGACAAAAACAAUAUUCUCUGUAUGUAAAAUUUGUAUGCACCUAAUCCCAUCAAACCCCCCAAAACAGUUUGCAUUGAUGGACAUUUUUUGUUGAUAGUUCUACACUGUAUUAUUAAGCUUUUUUAUGCUACAGUUUAUUGGCUGCAACUGUAAACAGGUAAAUUCCAAGAAUGAAACGUAACGGCUUAAGCAGGAGUUUUAUUCUAUCAUGUCACGAAAAUUUUCUGUCUUUAUAAGACAGCUUUUUCCUUGUUGGCAUUGUGUUUAUUUCAGUUUGUUGGUAAAUACAGAGCAGCCAAAAUGUUUAGUUGUACAAAUUUGUAUUGCUGACAAA